UUUGGCUCUUCCCUCUUUUUCCCUUACUACGGCAGCCAUGUUAAACCGUAUUUUGUUUCCAAACCUUAUUAUCAUUUAUAUUAUUACUGUUACUGUUAUUAUUAUUAUUAGUUUCUUGUACUAGUAUUAUUGUUAUUAUCAAUACCCAAAGGCAAAUUACAUGGUAACUUGAAGAUCGUUUUUAUUUGUUAACCUCAACUCAACUUCAACUCAAGUCAACUUCAUCAUCAACCUCAUCAACAUCUCACAAGUCACCAUUUCCACCAAGAUUAACCUUUUUCACAUCUCAAUUGCCAUUAUUUGUGAUUAUGGAACUUUUAAUUUUUCAUCGAUUAAUGAGUACUUAAAUUUAACUGUUUCUCAUUUUUCAAAAUUUUUGAUUCACUUGAUUGUUGAUUUGUUUACAACUUUAUCUUCACACAUUUUUACAAAACACCGUCUUUUUGAUUAAACUGCAAGCAGUAUCUUUAUAUUUUCACCGAGUAAAGAGUCAAUUUAUUUUGACAUUAAUUCUAAUUGUUUCAUGUUUCUGUUGAUUUUUCUCGUUCAUCUUCAUAACCAUCAUUAUCAUGUUUCUUUCAUCGACGAACCGUUCCAGCAUAAAUAGUAUCAUCAGUAAUACGAACAAUCCCAAUAACAAUUGCAAUAACAGCAACAGUAAUAGUAAUAGUGAUAACAACAAUAAUAACGGUAACACUAACAAUAAUAGUUCAUCACCUGAGAAUGGGAUAUCAAAUUGUGGAUCACCUCCAUUGAAAAGUUAUUCAGCCUCAUCAGUGGCAUCGCCUAACUCUUCGUUAUCUUCAUCACCCGGAGCUUCAGCCACAUCUCAUCGAAUAAGUGAUAUACUUUCUCGUCCAUCAGCAUUAACAUCAUCAUUAUCAAACCAUAGCCAUCAACAUUCCCACCCUCAUCCCACACCAACAGUAGCAGCAGUUGCAGCAUCAGCCGCCUUAGGUUCAGCUCUGGCUGCCGGAGCUUUACCCCGCUUCUCAAUCGGAGCCACUGGUGAUGUCUAUUUUGGUCCAACUAAUGGAGGCCUUCACAAAUUGGCAGCUAAUUCAUUGUAUUGGAAUUCAAUGGUUCAUAACCAAGCUCUUUGGAGAGAAAGAUUAGCAAGUGCAACUGGACAUGGAGCAGAAGGAGGAGGAAGUGGAGGGACUAAUGGUGAUGCUAAUGCUACUAUCGGUAAUGGUGCAGUUAAAAGUGAACCAAGUAUCGGUAAUAGUGGAUUACCUGUUCAUUCAAGUCACCAUCAACAUCAUCCCAAUCAUAGUGUCCAUGCAAUGGUUCAUAAUGGUUUAACUUCGACACUCGGGUUAACAGAAAAGGAUGGUAAAAAGAAACACACUCGACCAACCUUUUCUGGACAUCAAAUUUAUAUCCUUGAAAAAACUUUUGAACAGACCAAAUAUUUGGCUGGACCAGAGAGAGCCAAGUUAGCAUAUGCAUUAGGUAUGUCUGAAAGUCAAGUGAAAGUAUGGUUUCAAAAUCGAAGGACAAAGUGGAGGAAGAAACAUGCGGCUGACAUGGCCACAGCUAAAAAGAGGCAUAAUUCUGAAACAGAGUCAAUAUGCUCUUAACAUGUAUUUUAACUGAUGAUGUAAAUAGUUUUACAGAAACUAGCAACCAAGGUGUGCAUAUAAUUAAGAAUCAAACACAGAAUCUUCAUCAUCCGCUAAAUAAUCUUCAUUGAUUAAAAGGAAAAAAAAUGAAAACAAUCGCAAUCUGAUCAUAAUUCCAUCUUCAUCAUUUGAAACAUCGUUACUUUUGUAAUGUUGCUGAGCUUAUUUCUUCAUCUUUCUCUCCAUGUAACAAAUCUUCGAUCAUCAUCAUCAUCAUCUCUGCCGCUAUUUAACCAGUUUUCACAUUCAGUUUUAUUCCUCUCAAUCCUGCCGUACCAAUGAACCCGAAAUAUUUUGAGUUAUCCCUUGAUUUGUUUGUAAACAUGAUAAUGGUCAUCAUUUUGUCAACUUUAAUUUAACAAUCUUUCCAUUACUUUAUCCUGUUAAUAAUAUUGCUUUCUUUUUGAUCCCAAUCAUGACAAGAAAAACUGUUUAUUUGAAAUAACCACAAACCAAAAGACAAGCUCAUUGUAAAAUAGCCACCGUAAUUACAAAGCAUUCAUCCAAAUUAUACCAUAUCUUAUACAAAUGAAGACAAUUAUAAUAUAAUUACUAUUGAAUAUACAAAAUCAUUAUAAAUACAAAUCAAAUUAUAAUACAUGAAACAAAAAUAACUUAUUCCGUUUGCUUUAUUGUACUUCUUUUGUGUCCAUCUCAUGAACAAAACUCUCCUUUCACUCUGUUCAUGUUCCUAUUUUUUAAACCUUUAACUCCCUACAAUAUAAUCAUAAUCAUUAUUAAUAUCAGAAUCCAUGUCUUCCCAGUAAUUAAAUUACCCAAGAGUGUUGUUAAGUUGAAGUUUUGUUCCCUUUUCAUGUUGACUCCUCGAUUCCAAAUAAUUAUUGGUUCCGAAUAAACAUUAAUGUGAUAAAAACCCCAAAAAUAAAAUGAAAACAAAUGUUUA